AUGGCCAGGGAGAGAUGCGUCGACGAAACCGGUGGGCUGCUCACAAUAAACCUGCUCAUCAAGAUGGUUGUGGAGGAAGGCGUUGGAGACAUCCAUCUGAUGAACUGGCCAGCCUCGGAACACCGCGAGCUGAAGGACGGUGCGGAUCGUGCCCGGUUUAACAACCGGGGCAAACGUCUCAGUGAAGUCAACGCCAGCGCGCUGUCGGAAACCACAAACCACCCAGCGAGCCUUGUAGCACUCAAGUGGCCAGACGGCAUCAUCGGCAAUGUCAUCUCCUUCGGCCUCUUCCUCUCCCCUGUGCCGACGUUCUGGCGGAUCUACAAGGCCAAGGACGUGGAGGAGUUCAAGCCGGACCCCUAUCUGGCGACGCUCAUGAACUGCCUGCUCUGGUUCUUUUACGGGCUCCCCAUCGUCCACCCCAACAGCACCCUCGUCCUCACCAUCAACGGCAUCGGCCUCGUCAUCGAGGGCGCCUACAUCAUCAUCUUCAUCAUCUACGCGGCCAAGAACACAAGGUGGAAGAUGCUCGGCGUGCUCGCCAUCGAGGCAGCGUUCAUGGCUGCCGUGGUGGCCGGUGUGCUCGUUGGCGCCCACACCCAUGAGAAGCGCUCCAUGAUCGUAGGCAUCCUCUGCGUCAUCUUCGGCUCCAUCAUGUACGCCUCCCCGCUCACCAUCAUGGGUAAAGUGAUCAGGACCAAGAGUGUGGAGUACAUGCCAUUCUUCCUGUCGCUGGUGAACUUCCUCAAUGGCUUGUGCUGGACGGGCUAUGCGCUCAUCAAGUUUGACAUCUACAUCACGAUCCCCAAUGCCCUCGGUACAAUCUUCGGCCUCAUCCAGCUGAUCCUGUACUUUUACUACUACAAAUCGACCCCCAAGAAGGGCAAGAACGUUGAGCUGCCCACUGUCCUCACCAAAAACACCGUUACCAGCGGCAACGUCUCCGUCACCGUUGACAAAUAA